GGUAAUUUUACAUGGCCAUCUGGUAACAUUGCCGGUGCGACUUGAAAAAAGGUCGAUCUUACGGAAAAUAAAACCGUCCCGAUCACCUGGACGGACUCGCUUUAAUUAAAAACAAAUCAAAAUGUUGCGAUCGAUAUUUGUACGAAACCAAGUUUUAAACGAAGCUCUGAAGAAAUCUAUUCGGUCAAAUCUUACAAGAUGUAUGAGCACAGAACUGUCCAAGAAGAAACUUUCGAACAGAGUAUUAAAUGGUCAGAAUAGAAGAAUUCUAGCUACUCCACAAUGGGGUAUCCAGAUAAGAUAUUAUGCCGACCUGCCAACUCACUCAAAGGUGGCCUUGCCUGCACUGUCUCCUACUAUGGAGAGUGGUUCCAUCAUCAACUGGCAGAAAAAGGAGGGUGACAAACUAAGUGAAGGUGAUCUUCUCUGCGAGAUUGAAACUGACAAGGCUACCAUGGGUUUUGAGACUCCCGAGGAAGGUUACCUGGCUAAGAUCAUAAUCCCAGCCGGUACCAAGGGUGUCCCAGUUGGCAAACUGCUCUGCAUCAUUGUAGGAAAUCAGGCUGAUGUAGCUGCUUUCAAAGAUUUCAAGGAUGACUCACCACCCGGCAGGCCAGUCCUCAAGACGAAAGCAGAAGGUGCUGCCCCCGCCGCUGCACCGGCGGCUGCGGCUCCCCCCGCCCCCGCGGCCGCUCCCGCCCCCGCCCCCGCCGCGCCGCCCGCCCCCGCCGCCGCCCCCGCGCCAGCCGCCGCCGCCCCCGCCGGCGACAGGGUGUACGCCAGCCCCAUGGCCAGGAGACUCGCCGAAAUCAGGAAUAUUAGAUUAGGAGGCCAAGGCACGGGACUGUACGGUUCACUGAAGAGUGGGGACUUGGCAGCCGGAGGUGGAGCGGCGCCUGCGCCCGCCGCGAUCCCGACGCCGGCGCCGGGAGCCACCUUCGUGGACAUCCCUCUGUCCGGCAUGAGGUCCACCAUCGCCACGAGACUGUCUGCCGCCAAGCAAACCAUCCCGCACUACCAACUGACGGCCACCUGCAAUGUGGAGAAGACCAUGGCCAUGAGGAAGCUCGUCAACGAGAAGCUUGCCGCUGAGAAAGCUGAUGUUAAGAUUUCAAUGAAUGACUUCAUCGUGAAAGCAGUCGCGGCGGCAUGCAAGCGAGUUCCUACAGUCAACUCACACUGGAUGGAAUCUUUCAUUAGACAGUUCAGUAACGUAGACGUAAGCGUAGCAGUAGCGACGCCGUCCGGCCUGAUCACGCCGAUCCUGUUCAACUGUGACUCCCGCGGCAUCCUCGAACUCUCCAAGAACAUGAAGGAGCUGGCAGUCAAGGCCAGGGAGGGCAAGCUGCAGCCUCAAGAGUACCAGGGCGGUACCGUCACUGUGUCUAACCUUGGAAUGUAUGGCAUCACAAUGUUCAACGCGAUCAUCAACCCCCCGCAGUCGCUCAUCCUCGCGUGCGGAGGACUCCAGGAGGUUGUCAUUCCUGACAAGAAUGCUGAAAAUGGUUUCCGAGUGGCCAAGUUCGUGACGUUCACGGCGUCGGCGGACCACAGGGUCAUCGACGGCGCGGUGGGAGCGCAGUGGAUGAAGGCCUUCAAGGAGAACAUCGAGGACCCCGCCAACAUGAUCCUCUGAGCACCGCCCCAAUACUGCAACCAGUUCGAUUAAUGGACAUCUGUACAGAACACCCACAUCAAUUAUUAUUUUGUUCAUAAUUUUUUAAAUGUAAGGAUAACUCUAGUGUAAGUGUAUGGUCGUUUUUAUUUUAAAUUUUUAUCCAAUCUUACGCUUGCAUUGUAUGUAUAGAGUAUUCAAUUAUUUGCUCAUCACAUUGUAAAAUACUUUAUUAUGAGGACAUAUCUAUCAUUCCCGCCAUUUUUAUUCAUAAAUCCCUCGUACUUGUGUACGAGACAACCGCAGGUUUUGCGUGUGUUUGAGAUAUUAUUUUCAAUUUUAAAUUGCCAGGUGAUCCAAUAAUCGAAUUGUAAUGAGUUAACUUGCUGUGAUUUCCUUCGAUUAACGUGUCGAUACUAGUUUUGAUAUAAUUUAAUUAGUUGUUGUCUUUACAAAUUUAUUUAACGGUGCUGUGAUUAUCUGUCUCUUACGUUGGCUUGUACUUAGGCAAUGUAUAGAGGGACAUAUAUAUAGCAAGGAGUACGCGUAUUAAUCGAAGGGAGCGCGGAUUUAACAAAUUUAAGUUAUUAUUUAUUUAGUUUUUUAAGGAAUGGUAAUCGUAUAAUGUUUAUAAUUGGACGCUCCAUCUUAAUUUGAUAUAUUGUUUAUUUAUUUUAUAGAUAAAAACACACUUUAAAGAAUUCGUAUCUGCCUAAUCAGGGAUCAUGAUUGUCAUUCGCAUUUUUGUUUUGAUAUUUAUUUCAUAAAUAAAUUAAGUUUAUUUAGUAGUGAUUGGAGCACAGAUCUAUCAACAUGCCUAUUUAAAGUUUUUGUGCCUUAAUUGAAAUUAUUAUGAGAUAUUAUUUGAACCACAAAUACGAGGUACCAUGAACAUGUAUAGUUGGCGCAAAAGGGAGCUUAAAUGAUCUUUUGUUAAAACCUGUUUAUAUAAUAUUGAUGAUGCAGAUGUUUUUAUGAAAGUUAGUGGAAUAUAUUUUACAUUUAGA